AUGUUUCGUUGCAUUUGGUGUACACCUGCACCUAAAUCCGAAAUGCGAACCAUAUCCAAUAUUUAUAUUGGGAAUCUGGCUGCUGCCGAUCUGCUGCUUCUGGCUGGAACUCCAAUUGUAAUCACGCAGUCAAUUACUGAUGAUUGGAAUUUUGGUACAAUUGUGUGCAAAGGAUUCAUCGCUGGGAAUGGGGUAAUUUCCCAAUUUGCGUCUGCAAUGUUUAUCGCUGUAUUAUCCUUCGAUAGAUUUCUAGCAGUUUGCCGUCCAACGCGAUCUUCCGUACUUCGGACUAGAAAAGCUGCUACGGCAGUUACUAUCCUAACAUGGGCAAUAGUUAUACUUGAAAAUAUGCCCUUAGUUAUGUUUGUACAGGUCACACCAAUGCAUGGACCAGGUCCAGGUAAACGAAAGUGUAUUCUAGUCGUCAAAGAUGAAGAACCCGACUAUGAGGGAAAACCAGAUGAGGCAGCUACGGGUUUUUCGCGGGAAUUUUUCAUAUUUUAUACCUUUAUCCUAAGUUAUCUACUCCCACUGAUAGCAAUUUGGUUUUUCUAUGCGAAAAUUAUUCGUAAACUUUGGAGGCGACGUCAACAAAUGCAUCUGAAAAGAAAGAUUUCAAAACGAAAAACUACGAAGGUCACUCUUAUGGGUCUAUCAAUUGUUGUAUCUUAUACACUAUGCUGGUUGCCAUAUUGGCUAAUUCAAUGGUCAAUCGUGCUAAAUAUUGGUUGGAAUAUGAAUUUAUCAAUUCUAACAUGUGCGUCAUAUGCGGCGUUCGCGCUACUCUACAUAAAUCGUGCCGUAAAUCCUUUCAUAUAUGUGUUUCUGUCGGAAUCCUUCAAAAGAAACGUAAGUUCAGCUUUCAUAUAUAUACAAAUAUCAUAA